AUGACUCCAAUAAGUGGGGUUAUGAUAAGUUCACGUCGCCAGAACUUUCUCUUUCGCGAGGUCAUUGACGAUGUCUCCCAGGUCCCAGACCACGUCAAGGAUACUGAUAAGCCCGAGUCAACCACCCCAAACAAGAAUGUUUCCAAAAAGGGUGACGCCAAAGCCAACGGCAAGGGCAACGCCAACCAUGACGGCAAGGAGAACGCCAGAGUCGACGGCAAAGGCGACGCCAACGAGGAUAAACAACGUCUACAAGCGGCUAUGUCUAGCCUUACUAUCGCCUUUGUUGCUUCCCAAACGGCUGCUACCAGAUUGGCAGACGCUACGGCGGCCGUUACAACCACUUCCGCUCUGACUCCGGCUUGGGCUGCCGUCGAGCGCCUAGCUACAGAUACCGAACUUGACAACGUCAGGAAGGACACCACCUGGGUAAAGAAGGGCGCUACGCUUCAGUCAGCUCUGGCUAUGUCGGAUGAGGUCCUCGCGGAGCGUAUCGACUCGAUGGUCCAUGACAAGAAGAUCUGA